AUGGAUAGGAAUGCUUUGCGCCGCAAAAAAUAUGCAGAAAUGCCACCUCUGAAGAAAGCGGAACUUCUGCGUUCCCGAAGGCAAACUCGAGCUUCAAAGAAAGCUGGAAAAGCUUUACCCCCGCGUGUUCGCAGGGUCCCGUUAGGAUAUGUCGAAACUGGUGUGUCGUUCCCAGCUACUCAACAUAUGCCAUGUCAUAGUGAGGAUCCUGCGUUUGUGCAUUCUCAGCCGUUGGGAAACACAAAUGCUGUGUUUCCAGCUGAUGAUGCCUUUGCGAUUAGGGAAGGAUUAGAAUUCAUGUCGCGUUGUCCACCUGGUUCCUUUACUGGUUAUGCUUCCUCCUCCUUUGGAAAAGAAAUGCCUCUACAAAAUACACUUGCUCCUGAAGAGGCAAAAAAAAUCCCCGUUCAUGCCUUUGAUGCCCAGCUCAGUGAUGAGCCAGUUAGAGGAAAACAUAGGGGCGUAAACUCCCUUCCAAGUGGAAAUGAACAACCUGUGAGCAAUACACAUUCUGAAUUUAUACUAGGUUCAUUUCCUUUCGAUUCAUCUCUUAAGAACCCUGAACUAUCAAUUCAAAAAGAAUUUGCUUCUGCAAGUAAUUCUUUGCCUACUCAAAUUUCAGAUUCUACUUUAGAACUAGCUUCCAAAGACAUCUUUCCUGCUCCCACAGAGGAGGUGGCCAGGUCUGGUCCAACACCUGGUUGGUUGGAGAUAAAAAACAGAAAAGUACUUCCUUCUGCCGGUCCAUCUGUUGUCCGUUCUCGCUCCAGAAAAUGCAGGACCCCUGAAUCUGUGAACAAACACAACUCAGCACAAAAACGAACAGCUGCGCGUUCAAGCAUAUCUCGCCUUGCCAAUAUUCCUCAAGCAGCUCUGGUUCUGCCUCAUGCUCCUGAUUGUGAGCAUUGUGACGCAAAAAGGUUCCAUUUGGAACCUCCUUCCUUUUGCUGCUCGGGAGGAGAGAUCUCUAUCGUUGCUCCUCCAAUGCCAUAUGAUUUGAAACGUUUAUUCAUUGCCAAUGAUGAAGAGAGUGCCCACUUCAGGAACAUUGUCCGCACUUAUAACAACAACCUUGGCUUUACAUCUUUUGCCGCAAACUAUGACUCUGAACUAACAAAGAACACGAAAGGCGUCUAUACUUUUCGCGUUCAAGGCCAAGUUUACCACUUUCUUGAUGGCCUUAUUCACUUAGGCGAAAGGCCAUCUGGGAUCCAAUUAUAUUUUUUUGACACUGAUGAGGAAUUAGCAAAGAGACUUGGUAACUCUGAUAAACUACGCGAAAGCACUUUAAAAUUGCUUAUGUACAUUCUUUCUAACAAUCCUUAUGCCCGGUUCUUUAAAGGCCUUAGAGAUGUUCCAAACCUUGAUGAUUUGAACAUUGUCCUUAGCUGUUAUCCUUCACUUGACCAGCGAAUAUAUAAUCUUCCCUCUGCCUCACAAGUUGCGGCUAUAUGGACUGAAAGUGACGAUCAGUCGUCCGAUAGCCGCGCUCAUAUUCAAGUUUAUUCUCGGUCAGUUGGUAGCCAUAGGAUUCAACAUUACUAUGGCUGCUAUGACCCUUUACAGUACCCUCUCCUUUUCCCUCGUGGUGAGUGUGGCUGGCACCACGGAAUUAAAAGACUUAGUAAAAGAAAAAGAGGAGGGGACGCAUGUGAAGAUGAUAUUAACAUCGAUCCAGCUUCAGUUAACUCCUCAUCGGAGUUAAUUGAUUUAGAACAGAGAGCUAUUGAUCGAGGCAAAACAGAGGAAGGUACUGUAUCUGCUAGGGAGUACUACUGUUAUAGGUUCCAAAUAAGGGACGAUGAUGAGUCAAUGCUGUUACACACUCUUAGGUUGCUGCAGCAGUUUUCAGUCGAUGCUUAUGUCAAGAUCGAAACAUGUAGGCUUGACUUUCAUAGGCAUCGACAAAACAAGAUACGCUCUGAAAUUCUGCAAGGAAUUCUUGACAGUGUUUCUGUUGGCCAAACCGCUGCUUCUAAAGUUGGUCGUAAGGUCAUUCUUCCAGCUUCUUUUAUAGGUGGUCCGAGGGAUAUGAGGCACCGUUACCUUGAUGCGAUGGCCCUGGUACAGAAAUAUGGAAAACCCGACAUUUUUCUUACAAUGACGUGUAAUCCAGCAUGGAAGGAAAUUCAGGAAAAUCUGAAAUACCAUGAAAAGCCUCAGGAUCGGCCAGACCUGCUCGCUAGAGUUUUUAGAGCCAAAUUUGAAAUGCUUAAAGCAGAAAUUCUAAAUAAGCAGAUCUUUGGCGAGGUUGCAGCGUGUGUUUACGUGAUCGAAUUCCAGAAACGAGGCUUUCCUCAUGCCCAUUUAUUAUUGAUCUUAAAACCUGGUCAUAAGCUACUUAAUCCAGAGUCGUAUGACAAAAUAGUCUGUGCUGAGUUGCCCGACAAAGAUCAAUAUCCUCACUUGUAUUCUCUUGUUGUGAAGCAUAUGAUCCAUGGCCCUUGCGGAGCAAUGGAUAAGUCUUGUCCUUGUAUGAGAGAUGGAGCCUGCAAAAAUCACUAUCCAAAGAGCUUUUGUGCUCAAACGACUCACGGUGAGGAUACCUAUCCAUAUUAUAGGAGGAGAGAUGAUGGCAAGAAAGUCAAAGUUCGUAGAUUUACUCUUGAUAAUAGGUGGGUUGUGCCUUACAACCCUUACCUGCUUGCUUUAUUCGAUUGCCACAUCAACGUGGAAAUUUGUUGA